AUGGCGUCCAUGAACUUCUACUCCAUGGUGCUGGUGGCCAUUGCCCUGGUGUCAGCACCGCUGGCCGCUGUGGCCGGCGACCCGGACAUCCUCACUGAUUUCGUCGUGCCCACAUCGCUGAUCGGCAUUCCCAUCAACAUCACCGGCGACUACUUCACCUACACCAGCUUCCGCCCCGUGCCACUGCCGACGGCGACCUUCACGCUGUCCAAGGCCUCCAUGGCAGAAUUCCCGGCUCUCAACGGGCAGAGCGUCUCGUACGCCAAGCUCAGGUUCCCGCCGGGCACCGUGAACCCGACGCACACCCACCCCCGGGCUGCCGAGCUGCUCUUCCUCCUCGAGGGCACGCUCUCUGUUGGCUUCAUUGACACCGCCGGCAAGCUCUACACCAAGGACCUUGUCGCUGGCAACAUGUUCGUGUUCCCCAAGGGCCUGGUGCACUACCAGUCCAACCAGGGGUCUCGGCCCGCGAUGGCGCUCUCCGCGUUCGGCAGCGCUGCCGCGGGGACCGUGUCCGUGCCCGUCACCGUGUUCGGCACCGAAGUGGACGAUGUUGUGCUCGCCAAGUCAUUCAAGACUGACGUGCCCACAGUGCAGAAGCUCAAGGCGGCGCUCACUCCGCCACCGAAGAAAUAA